AGCGUGAAGUGCGUGCGUGCGUGCGUGCGUGGAGAGCGCCACGUCGGCAGAGCCUGCAGGCAGAAAAGCAGCGGAGGAGAGGAGGCGCUGGAGCUGACGGCUGCACCCCCGAACCCGGGAGCAGGGUUCGAGUCUGACGCUUCCGCUUCCAUAUCCAGGUGUCCACGGGAACGAUGGUGAAGGACGUCAACAGCAUCAACGUGGAGCCCCAACCGGGGACCAGCCUUGCCUCAGACGAAGCAGAGCAUGGCCACAGCCAGCCUCCUGAGGACUCUGGCAAAGAUCAUGAAGCUCCGCCCCCCAGCAUGAUGUGGCGAGUCACCGGGGGCCUCUUCAGCGUCACCAAGGGUGUUGUCGGUGCUGCAGUGGGCGGUGUGGCCUGGGUGGGCGGCAAGAGCUUGGAGAUCACCAAGUCGGCGGUGACCACCGUUCCCUCGGUGGGGGUGGGACUGGUGAAGGGGGGGGUGUCUGCUGUGGCCGGAGGCGUCUCAAGUGUGAGCUCAACGGUAGCCAGCAAAGUUCCGUUCACCCCCAAGAGGAAAGAUAAAGCUGAGUGAGUGGGGGGGGUGGGGGGUGGAGGGAAAAGGGUUGCCCCCUCCCCCCUCAGCUGUCAGAGAGGGCUCAGACUGAUCUCUGCCAAUCAGACACCGCAGUGCCUUCUGUUCUCACCAGCAUGACAUGUUGACGCAAGACCCAGCGUCCAGCAACCACACAUUCAGUACUUCUGCGUUACCAUGGCAACCCAGAUGCUGCAUCCUCUGUGUACAGUGCGAGGUGGACACCAUCAUGAACCCACCUGUUUACAAUCGUGACUGGAAACCCCCUUUUCUCCUCCUGGUCCUUGUACUCCAGUCUGGAUUUUGACGAGUUGUCCUCUUCGUCAGGUGUGUCGUGAUGGGGAACUAACCCCUUUUGAUGUGAAGACUCGUUCUUCCGCCUGCAGCUCCCCGUUGACCUCCUGCUCCGCAGCCAACCAGGCGCAGCCGUGCAGAUGUGGUGCUGGGUUCCGUCGGCGCUCUGCAUCGGUCACUGCUGUUAGAACCUGUGAGCAAGAGUCCUGGCCCUUGUUCAACUCUUCUGCAGAGUUCUGCGCUGUCGUGCAGUCAACUCAUUCUUCUCAUCAUCUGCAUUUCAAAGCAACAUUUGGAGCAAACCGUUGCUGAGGGAAAUCAACUAUGAAUGUGGUUUUUAUGUUUUUCUGUCCAAUAUAUCAAUAAAGUAAUAGGAAGGUAAAGUAUA